UUCCCAGAUAAUUGAAUUACCCAAGCAGUACUUAUUUGUAAAAAAUAUCAAGUCCCGGUUUGUCCACCAAGCUGCGAAUUUACUGAUUCCAAAGGUGAACAAUCCUAGGGACUUUUUUUCUCUUUCAAAGUCUAUCACUCAAAUUGCAAGCUUACCUGGCAUAAGUUUAAUAUACACUUGGACCCUAUUUCACGAAAUCCUAUUUCAUCUUGGUUUUCUCAAAUAA